AUGGAUCCAAUGUGCAGAAUCCUUCUGGAGACGGCAUACGAAGCGAUUGUUGAUGCUGGAGUGAAUCCCCGACAGCUUCGGGGAACUAACACUGGCGUAUUCAUCGGUGCCUGCAUCUCCGAGACAGAAAAAACUUUCUUUUACGAAAGACGUCAGGUAAAUGGAUUUGGCAUCUCAGGCUGCAGUCGCGCUAUGUUAGCCAACCGCAUUUCGUUCUGGCUUGGAUGCACUGGUCCCAGUUACUCCGUGGACACGGCUUGCAGUUCCAGCUUGUUUGCCCUAGACCACGCAUACACAGCUAUCAGGAAUGGACAGUGUGAAGCUGCCCUCGUCGGUGGAGCUCAUCUGUGUCUGCAUCCAUACGUGGCGCUGCAGUUCGCCCGACUAGGUGUACUCUCCCCUGACGGACGCUGCAAGUCGUUCGACGCCGAUGCGGACGGCUACUGCCGAAGCGAGGCAAUACCUAUGAUUCUGCUCCAGAGGGCCAAAGAUGCCAGACGUAUCUAUGCCAACGUUGUGCACACGAAGGUGAACUGUGACGGCUUCAAAGAGCAGGGCAUUACCUUUCCUUCUAGCAUCAUGCAGAGCACUUUAUUGCAACAGUGCUACGAAGAAUGCGGAGUUCCCCCUUCGAGUGUCGCUUAUGCCGAAGCACACGGCACUGGAACUGCGGUCGGCGAUCCUGAAGAAGUGAACGCUAUCGAACGAGUGUUUUGCCCGGGUCGAACCACUCCCUUAAGGAUUGGUUCUGUGAAGACGAACUUGGGCCAUUCGGAACCAGCGAGUGGCCUUUGCUCAAUUGCAAAGGUUCUAAUAGCAAUGGAGAGGGGGUGCAUACCGCCAAAUCUGCAUUACAAACGCCCUCGUGUAGGAGUCAAAGCACUGGAGGAAGGUCGUAUCCAGGUUAUUACCAAUCUUACACCAUGGGACGGUGGUUACGUUGGUGUGAACUCCUUUGGGUUCGGUGGAGCAAACGCACAUGUUUUGUUGAAGUCGAACACGAAGGAGAAAAUCAAUGGUGGAAUACCGGGAGACGAUUUGCCGAGACUCGUUGUCGUAUCGGGGCGAAAUGAGGAAGCAGUAGCUACUAUGCUAAAUGACCUUGAAAGCAGACCGGUUGACGUGGAAUACAUCAGUCUCUUCCACAACAUAUACGCGGAAGAGAUCACAGGACAUUUGCAUCGCGGAUACACAAUCUUGCCACCCAGAGGCUUGCCGGAAAACGAAGUUCGGCAUGCACAGUCCUAUCCCGGCGCAAAGCGGCCAAUAUGGUUCGUGUUUUCAGGAAUGGGAUCGCAAUGGGCUGGGAUGGGAGAAGCUCUAUUGAAAAUUCCCGUAUUUACUAAGGCCAUCCAGAAAUGCGACGCAGUUCUCAAAAUUCAUGGUGUGGAUAUUAUUGACAUUCUGACGAACAAAAAUCCGAAAACAUUCGAUAACAUUUUGAAUUGUUUCGUCGGUAUUGCUGCUGUUCAGAUUGGACUGGUAGACGUACUGGCAUCCGUAGGAAUCGUCCCAGACAACAUCAUCGGACAUUCAUUGGGAGAGUUGAGUUGCGCAUACGCUGAUGGUUGUUUUACAGCAGAGGAGAUGAUCUUAGUAGCUCACAUUCGAGGCGUAGUCUCGCUCGAAACUGAACUGAUCCAUGGAUCCAUGGCAGCCGUCGGACUUGGAUACAACGAGUUGAAACACCUCUGUCCACCCGACAUAGAAAUAGCUUGUCACAAUGGUCCCAAAAGCUCAACGAUCAGCGGACCAACCAAACCGGUGGGAAGAUUUGUAGCGGAACUACAAGCAAAGAACAUUUUCGCAAAAGAAGUACCCUGUGCUAAUAUUGCCUACCAUAGUCGCUACAUCGCAGCGGCAGCUCCAAAGUUUUUGGCUUGUUUGCAAAAGGUGGUUCCGAAAUCGAAGCCGCGAAGUCCAAAGUGGCUGAGUACUUCUGUGCCACGUAAAGAUUGGGGAAGUAGUUCGGCCCAGUUGUGCUCGCCAGAAUACCACACGAACAAUCUUUUGAACCCAGUUCUGUUCGAGGAAACGUCUCAACUCAUACCGCAUAACGCUAUAACCAUUGAAAUUGCACCACACGGCCUACUGCAAGCUAUUUUGCGGAGGUCGCUACAUGAGAACGUUAGUAACAUUCCGCUGACGAAACGCGGUCACGAAAAUAACGUGGAAUAUUUACUGCAAGGUAUCGGAAAGAUGUACGAAGUUGGCCUGCAUCCACAAUUAACUAACUUGUACCCGAAGGUAGAUUUCCCGGUGAGCCGUGGUACGCCGAUGAUUUCGCCACUGGUUCGUUGGGAACAUUCGGAGGAUUGGUAUGUCACCAGUUAUAGUAAGCAGGAGAAGGUCGUCUCUGGAGAAAGAAUCGUUCAAAUGUCGGUCACUGACGUCAACUUCGAAUGGAUGGCAGGCCACGUGAUUGACAGGAGAAACUUACUGCCUGCAACUGGCUAUUUGGAAUUAAUUUGGGAGACUGUCGGGCUAAUGCAGGGCAAACUCUGCACCGAAGUUUCGGUCGUCUUUGAAGAUGUUCGGUUUCACCGCGCAACCACGCUUCCAAAAGAUGGUAGCGUCGAGCUAACGCUAAUGAUUCAUAAAGGAUCGGGAAGGUUCGAGAUCAUCGAGGGCGGCACUGCCGUAGUGUCAGGGUUGAUCCGUGUCAUUUCAAAUGCAAGUCAGGAGCGACUCAUUGUUAGUGACAACAUACUACUCAAUAAUGAUGAGGACGAAGAUUUGUGCUUGACGGCCAGAGAUAUAUACAAAGAGUUUCGUCUCAGAGGCUAUCAAUAUACCGGAUUGUUCCGCGGGCUUAAGGCAGCGACGGUAAACGGAACCAAGGGGCGAAUAGAGUGGCAAAACAAUUGGGUUACUUUCAUGGACAAUAUGCUACAGAUGCAGAUACUCGGAAUGGACACUCGAAGACUACUUGUUCCAACGAGAAUCGAGAAACUGGUAAUUGACACCAAGGCGCAUUCGAAUGAGUUGCGCUCAAUGCCUGACGAGGAUAAAGCUUUUACUGUACGUGUCCAUAGAGACUUGGACAUUAUUGUGUCUGGCGGAGUAGAAAUACGAGGCUUGAAGGCAAGUGCGAUUACUCGUCGUAGACCUGCUGGCGUACCCGUUCUCGAAAAAUUCAAAUUUGUAGCACAUCGGGAUCGGUCUGAAACGUCGCUGAGUGUAAUAACUCGAGCUGCGACGGACAUUGCUCUCGAAAAUCACUCGGAUAACAACAUAAAGACACUCGAAGUGAUCCGUGAAGGCGACGAUGCUCGUCUGGAGAACUUAACAUCACCUUUGAUCUAUGAAAUUCUGAGUAACUUACCAUUGCUCAUAGCGAAUGUGAGCGUCAUAGCCCCCGGCGAUAAAAUCAGCAGGGAUGCGUUGCCUUCCCAUAUUCAAAUCACUGAUUCAAACAAGUUAUCCGGGGAGUCUGGUGCCUUGCUUGUAGUCAGCCAUGGUAUUUUUGUCAGUGAAGACAUCGAAUUGUUAAAACAAAUACAAGCCGUCAUGUCAGACGCUGGUUUCUUGCUGGCAAGAGAACCGCUGAAUGUAGACAGCGGUAUUGUCAGCACGAUGAGCAAUAGAGACUUCGACGUUGUUAUGGAGAAGAGAACAGGUACAGAAAUAGUCAUUCUAUUCCGUAAGAUAGCAAAACUGCCUCCGAUAUACGCAGUCAUUAGUAUAAGCAACAAGAAAUUCUCGUGGCUUUUCCCUUUGCAAACUGCAAUGAAGAAGAUCAGUGAAAAUAGGCAAAGCUUAAGUGGUCGAAUACUUCUUGUGAGCGAAGGAGAUUACAAGAGUGGUCUAAUGGGCCUGGUGAACUGUCUGCGAAAGGAACCAGGUGGUGAAGCUGUACAGGGAUUGUUGAUUCAAGACUUGCGGGCUCCGAAAUUCUCCCUAGAAAGCCCAUUCUACUCUGAGCAGCUGAAACUGGGAUUGACAUUGAACGUUUUACGUCCUGGCAAGCUGUGGGGAUCCUAUCGGUUUUUCCACAUGGAUCCUCCGACAUUGCAGCCUGUUUAUCACACUCAGCUAUGUCAGCUGACACGCGGUGACUUGAGUGCAACGAAAUGGAUGGAAGGCAGGAUUCAGCCGAACGUCGGAAAGCGGAAUACAAUUAAGGUGCACUAUGCAUCGAUCAACUUCCGUGACAUUAUGUUACUCACGGGUAAACUAGCGCCUCAGAUUAACGUGAAAUCAAGAGUAUCGGGAGGAAAUAUGUUCGGGUGUGAAUAUUCCGGAAGAGAUGAAAAUGGGCGCGCUGUUAUGGGAAUGGUUGAAAAUGGAUCCUUUUCAAACCUGUGCGUCAGCGACAAAGAACUUCUAUGGCCUGUGCCUGACGGAUGGACGUUAGAAGAUGCGGCGACGGUUCCGGUCGUGUACGGAACAGUUUACUACGCACUGUUUAUGUGCGGUAACAUGAAGAAAGGUGACAAAGUUUUAAUACAUGCCGGGAGUGGAGGCGUUGGUCAAGCGGCCAUAACAUUGGCACUCCACGAGGGUUGCGAAGUAUUUACGACUGUAGGAACGCAGCAAAAGCGAGAUUUCAUUAAGAAGCAAUUUGCGGAGAUCGAUGACGAUCACAUUGGCAACUCUCGAGACACAAGCUUCGAGCAGCUUAUUCUGUGGAAAACGCAAGGGCGAGGAGUGGACAUUGUGCUGAAUUCCUUAGCGGAGGAAAAGCUCCAGGCUUCGGUCCGUUGCUUGGCUUCACGUGGGAGAUUUCUAGAGAUCGGCAAAUUCGAUCUUGAUGCCAAUAACUCCCUAGGAAUGGGGCACUUUUCGAAGGAAAUCAGUUUCCAAGCAGUUCUAUUGGACGCUCUGUUCUCCGAGACGUCUGAACGAAAGUCAAGGCUUGCGAAAAUUCUUGCACAAGGCAUAAAGAGUGGGGCAGUUAAACCGCUCAAUAGAACUGUGUUUGAAAUGAACGAGGCCGAAGCAGCAUUUAGAUACAUGGCAGCUGGAAAGCACAUUGGCAAGGUCAUUCUCAAAAUUCGUGACGAGCCUGAAACACGCAAAUCUCCAUUACCUCUUGCAUUACCUCGUUACUCUUGCGUAGAAGAACGCAGCUAUCUCAUUCUCGGUGGUUUGGGCGGAUUUGGACUCGAGCUUGCUGAUUGGCUCGUACUUCGAGGAGCCAGGAAACUGGUUCUUACAUCUCGGAUAGGAAUAAGUAACGGAUAUCAGCGCUCACGUAUGAACAUUUGGAAAAGCUACGGUGUGAAGGUUCUCAUUGUUAUUGGGAAAGACGCGUCUACUCACGAGGGUUGCGAAGCCGUUCUGAAAGCAGCCGUGUCCCUCGGUCCGGUAGAUGGGAUAUUCAAUUUGGCCGUAGUGCUGAAAGAUGGGAUGAUCGAGAAUCAGACAGUAGAAUCGUUUGAGGAGUCAUUCAGAGUCAAGGCUUGGGCCACUAAACAGUUGGACAAACUCUCCAGGACGAUGUGUCCUCAUCUCAGACAAUUUGUCGUGUUUUCGUCAGUGUCUUGUGGCAGAGGCAACCUGGGGCAAACGAAUUAUGGUAUGGCUAACUCCGUCAUGGAAAGAAUAUGCGAAACUCGCGCCACGGAAAAUCUACCUGGCUUAGCCGUUCAAUGGGGGGCUGUUGGCGAUGUCGGACUAAUCGCCGAGAUGCAACAAGACGGCAAGGAAAUUGUUAUUGGCGGUACUUUGCAACAGGGAAUAUUAUCGUGUCUCAAUGAACUCGACGGUUUUCUGCAGCAGGAAUCACCGGUUGUGUCAAGCAUGGUUGUUGCGGAAAAAACUUCGGGCAGUGGUGGUGCUCUGAAUAUUCUCGACGCAGUGAUAAAUAUAAUGGGAUCUCAAGACUCUGAGUAUUCACACGCCAUUGACGGAACUAGGGAUGGACUCGAUGAUGGUGGUUGAAAUCAAACAAAUGUUAGAGCGAGAGUUUGAAGUGUUUAUGACCCCGCAAGACGUUCGUGGUCUAACGUUUGAAAAGAUCCAAGAAAUAUCACAGCGCAAAGAAGACGAAGAAACUGAGGAUCGAAAC